AUGUUUUCACCACCGGACAUCGACUAUCUCGACCUGCCCAAUGGGCGGACCAUCACCGUCUGCGCGCUUCACCACCAAGUCGUUUGCGGUCGCUGCUGCCUUGAUUUCAGCUAUGAGGUAGAAGACGGCUACGACGAAGACGAGGAAGAGGGCGUACUUGAGCGUCUGGAACGCAAGUUCCGCCAGGGCCGCUUGAUGGACGAAUCAUCAGACGAAGAGCUCUUCAGCACUGGUAUCAACGCCUUGCCCCGUGAUGUCACUUUCGACGAUGUCGCCAACAGCAAGUACGGACGUAAGCGCGACUUCGCCGCGGAGGACAUUAUUGAAUCCAAGCCCAUCCGGGACGACGACAUCAACAAGAAACCACUGGGCAACGUCAUUCCUAUCGUGUUUGAACCAGAUAACGACGCUCUAUCCCCAGUGGAACACUUCCCUCCCGGGGUCAGUAUAAAGGCAAUGCCAAAUGUAGUGCGCUUCAUAAAUCGCUACGACAAGUCAGAGGCCCUCAUCUACACCGACGGAGCCUGCCUCGACAACGGCGCCGCGAAGGCUCGCGGCGGCUGUGCAUUCGUCUUCAAGCCCACUUAUUCGGAGAAGGAGUCCGGCGUGAUCUCUUUGCGCCUCGAGAACCAGGGCCCGGGUGGCGAGGUUUACCAACACACCAGCAAUCGCGCCGAACUGCGUGCCGUCAUCGCCGCACUGCGGUUCCGCGAAUGGUACGGCGAGGGCUUCAAAAGUAUUGUCAUCGCUACGGACUCGACCUACGUCGUCAAUGGCGCCACGGACUGGGUGCGGGCAUGGAUGCGCAAGGACUGGCAUCUGAGCACUGGCGGCCGCGUCAAAAAUCGUGACCUGUGGGAGACGCUUCUGCUCAGGAUUGAGCAGCUGAAGGUCAAGGGUACUCUGGUUCAGUUCUGGAGAAUUCCGCGCCAGUGGAACGGCAAGGCCGACCGGGCGGCCAAGGACGCUGCCGCCAAUCUCUCAGUAUCUGAGAAAUUUGUCGACGUCAUUGGACAGCUCUGUUAA